CCGGGAUCGCCACACGUGUUGUUUUCAUACACGAUUGAGUGCUUUAAGUGCCAGUGUGAUAAUUCUUUGUAAAUUUUAAAACACGCAGCGACAAAUAUGGGGAAGAAACUCAAAGUCGGAAAGACCAGAAAAGAUAAAUUCUACCACUUGGCUAAAGAAACCGGUUAUCGCUCUCGUUCCUCCUUCAAACUCAUCCAGCUCAACCGUAAAUUUCAGUUUCUGCAGAAGGCCAGAGCUCUGGUCGACCUGUGUGCCGCUCCUGGUGGAUGGUUGCAGGUGGCGUCCAAGUUUAUGCCUGUAUCAAGUCUCAUUAUUGGUGUUGACCUGGUGCCCAUCAAGCCCAUCCCCAAUGUGGUGGUGCUGCAAGAAGACAUCACCACUGACAAAUGCAGACAGGCUUUACGAAAGGAACUGCAGACGUGGAAGGUUGAUGUUGUGUUAAAUGAUGGAGCCCCGAAUGUGGGAGCCAACUGGCAACAUGAUGCCUUCUCACAAGCUCAUUUGACCCUCAUGGCCCUGAAGUUGGCCUGUGACUUUCUGACCAAAGGUGGCACUUUCGUCACCAAGGUCUUCCGCUCCAAAGACUACCAGCCACUGCUCUGGAUCUUCCAGCAGUUCUUUAAGAAGGUGCAGGCCACCAAGCCGCAGGCGUCCAGGAACGAGUCCGCCGAGAUCUUUGUCAUUUGUCAGGGUUUUCUGGCCCCUGACAAAAUCGACAGUAAGUUCUUUGACCCCAAACAUGCGUUCAAAGAGGUGGAGGUGCAGGCCAAAACCGUGAAGGAGCUGAUUCCUGUCAAGAAGCCAAAGGCGGAGGGCUACGAAGACGGUGAUCUGACACUUUACCACAGUUUCACAGUGACAGCCUUUCUGAAAGCCGACAACCCCAUAGACUUCCUGAGCAAAGCCAGCGAGAUCGCCUUUGACAACACAGACCUGGAGUCUCACCCGGCCACCAGCAACGAGAUAAAGGAGUGCUGUCGUGAUAUCAAAGUGUUGGGUCGCAAAGAGCUCCGCCUGCUGCUGAACUGGAGGUCCAAGCUGAGGAGAUUCCUGGCCAAAAAACUGAAGGAGGCCAAACAGCUUGACAAAGAUAUCAACUUAAGUUCUGACGAAGAACAGGAUAAUUCAGAGGAAGAACCAGAAAAGAAGAAAAAGGCAGAGGAGGAAGAGGACGAGGAGGCAGAAAUGGAGAAUAAACUGGCAGAACUGAAAGCUGAGGAGGUGGCUGAGCUCAAACGGAAGAAGAAGAAGUUGCUAAAGGAGCGGAGGAAGCAGAGGGAGCGGGUGGAGCUGAAGAUGGACCUUCCUGGCGUCUCCAUCGCAGAUACCAACGACUCAUCCAUGUUCUCCCUCAGCGCCAUCAACAAGAAAAAGGUGCUGGCUGUUAUAUCCAAGGGGGACAUGCAGGCAGCAGACGCUCUGGUAGAAGGAGAUGACGACCUCCACCUGUCCGACGAAGAGGAUGACGAGGUGGAUAAAAUGUCCCUGGCCUCUGAUUUAGAUGAUGAGGACUUGGAAGAGGUGGAGCAGAGAGAGAGAGAACUGGAGAGGAAAGCACCAAAGAAGAAAGUUAAGUUUGCUGAAGAAGAAGAGGAGGAUGAAGAGCAGGGAAGUGGUCUACUGGUGGAACUAGAGGGAAAGGAUGAGAAGAAAGAACGAGAGACCAACCUGUGGUUCAGCAAGGGCAUCUUCUCUGAGAUCGACCUGGAGGGAGAUGCAGAGAGCGAGCUUCAACAGACCGAGUGGCUACAGACCAAACAAACAGAAAAGGGCAAAAAGAGGAAAGCUGAAGAAGAGAAGCAGGAGGAGGAAGAGGAGGAGAAGGCUGCUCCUCCAAAGGAGAAAAAGGCGGGACCUUCACAGAAAGCUGAAGAGGAGAGUGACAGCGACUCGGAUGACAGCGAUGAUGAGAAGGAGAUUACCAGGAUGAAGCAGACCAAGGGGACUGGUGGGAUGUCAGGAGAGGCUGUUGACGAUGACCUCCAAGUUGUACCUGUAGAAAGCACCAGUAAGAAAGCCAGGAUUCUGGAUGCAGAGGGCCUGGCCCUGGGCUGCCAGAUAGCUACGUCUAAGAAGAGAGCCAGGGACCUCGUAGACAGCUCCUUCCACAGGUUUGCCAGCUCCGAGGAGCAGUGGGACGUACCGGAGUGGUUCCUGGACGAUGAACGGAAACACAGGAAGAAGCCGGUACCGGUUACCAAAGAAAUGGUGGAGGAGUACAAACAAAAAUGGAAGGAGAUUGAUGCCCGACCCAUCAAACGAGUUGCUGAGGCCAAGGCCAGGAAGAAGAGGAGGAUGCUGAAGAAGAUGGAGCAGGCUAAGAAGAAAGCAGAGGCAGUUGUCAACACAGUGGACAUCUCUGAGAGGGAGAAGAUGGCUCAGCUGAAGAGUAUCUACAAGAAAGCAGGCCUGGGGAAGGAGAAGAGAGAAGUAACAUACCUUGUGACCAAAAAGGGAGCUGGCAAGAAAGUCAGACGGCCCCCCGGCAUCAAGGGAGCCUUCAAAGUGGUGGACAGUCGCAUGAAGAAAGACAUGCGGGGAAUGCAGAGGAAAGAACAACAUGCUAAAGGUGGCAAAGGAAAAGGUGGCAAAGGAAGAGGUGGCAAAGGAGGGCGAAAGGGAAGAUAAAUUUGAACCUGUAACACUCUCACAGUCCCGGUCUUUCUAACCGUCAAACAUUGCCUGGUCUCGUAUUGCAGGUGAUCUAAGAUGCGCGCCGCAGUUUGGGCUCCGGUAUUAUGUACAGAGGCUAAAAUAAACUGUGGUCAUUCACUUGGAUGCCAUCUUUUUAGCUAUCUAUGCUGAGGUCCCUUAAACUGGACACCUGAGAUAUGUUCUGGGGGUAUUUACAUGCUGGUGUUCUGUGCACGUCUUUAGGAAGAUGUACAUUAUUUGCCUUGAACUCUAUGAACAAUGCUUCCACUUCAGCUGAACUGAAAAUCACAGUAAAUUAAACAAUAGUCUUCCAUGUGCCCUAUACCUGUGCAAGUUCAUGAAUAAAACCAGUUCAUCAAGUUAGUAGUUUCUUUUGCAGAUGAAGAUUUUAUAGAAAAGACAUAUAACAGUACAUUGAUCAAACAAUCCAACAGUAUAUGAAGAUAUUAAAAUCACAGGGGCCUGAUACAUUAAAUUUCUGCUAAAUGCU